AUGUCACGGAGUCCGGAAAGGAAUCCAAAUGAGGAAGGUAGAUUUCGUCCCAUAAGAAACGUUGGAGGUGGAGUGCUAGAUCUCAAUUUACAAGCCAUCAUGCGAGAAAUGGUGCGAUUGUUUGAUCGCAAGCUUGAACCAAUCGAAGAUCGCCUAUAUCGAGUUGAAACUCAAGGGCAACGUGAAGCAACUCCGAAAGCUGCAAGGCAAGAACGAGAGCGGCUAAUUAACAACUUAAAUGAGGCUGGUGAAUCUAAAAGUGAUCCCUUGUCUGAUCGAAGCAACCCUCAACUAGUUCGACGAAAUUGGGUUCCAAGAAAUCGAGAUCGUCGCGAUGGCAAUCUCAAAAAUAUCAAGAUGUCUAUUCCACCAUUUCAAGGAAAGAAUGAUCCCGAAUCUUACUUAGAGAGGGAAAAGAAAAUGGAACUCAUCUUCGAGUGUCAUAACUACUUAGAAAAUAAAAAGGUCAAGCUCCCCGCCAUUGAAUUCUCGGACUAUGCGAUCGUGUGGUGGGAUCAAUUGGUGACUAGCCGAAGGAGGAAUGGGGAGAGGCCUAUCUCUACUUGGGCCAAAAUGAAGGCUGUUAUGCGUAAGCAUUUUGUCCCAUCCUAUUACCAUCGGGAGUUGUAUCAACGAUUGAAAAAUCUCACGCAAGGCAACCGAAGCAUUGAAGAUUAUUAUAAAGAAAUGGAAAUCACUAUGAUAAGAGCCAACGUGGAGGAGGAUCGUGAAGCAACCAUGGUGAGAUUUUUAGCCGGCCUAAAUCGGGAUAUUGCCAAUAUCGUCCAGCUUCAACACUAUGUUGAAGUUAUGGAUAUGGUGCAUAUGGCAAUAAAAGUUGAAAAACAAUUGAAGCGGAAAGGAUCCACCCAGACAUAUCCAACGGUUUCUAACAACAAGUGGACUCAAGGAACAAGCAAAGCUCCCAAUCGGCCUAAGGAGCCAUUUGUUGCCACUAAGCCCAACCAACCAAGUGGCGAAACUAGCAAAAAUAAAAACGAGGCUAUUUUGAAUCGUUCUCGUGAUAUCAAGUGUUUCAAAUGUCAAGGAAGAGGCCACAUCACUAGUCAAUGCCCUAAUCGGCGAGUGAUGGUGGUUCGUUCAAAUGGCGAGAUCGAGUCUGAAGAUGAACAAGAGGAGGAUCCUGAAAUUUCCAAGGAGGAAGAAGAAGAGCUCGAGCUGUCUGUUGAAGGAGAAUUACUCGUUGUCAAAAGAACCACCACAAAGCAUCCAGAUCCUUACAAGCUACAAUGGCUAAAUGAUGGAGGUGAACUCAAGGAGACGAAGCAAGCAAAAGUGGCAUUUUCCAUAGGCAAGUAUCAAGACGAGGAAUUUAGAGAUGUUUUUCCCGAAGAAGUGCCAAAUGGCCUACCUCCCAUUCGAGGAAUCGAGCACCAAAUUGACUUUGUGCCUGGUGCUGUAAUUCCAAAUAGGCCAGCAUAUAGAAGUAAUCCUGAGGAAACGAAGGAAUUGGAGAAGCAAGUAGCCAAAUUAAUGGAGAAGGGCUACAUUCGUGAGAGCUUAAGUCCGUGUGUGGUUCCGGUAUUGUUGGUUCCUAAAAAGGACAAAUCAUGGCGAAUGUGCAUUGACUGCCGCGCCAUCAAAAAAAUCACAAUAAAAUAUCGCCAUCAUAUUCUCUGCCUUGACGACAUGCUUGAUGAACUUAGCAGAGCCCAACUGUUUUCGAAGAUCGACAUGAAAAGCUUUGUCAUAAGUGCUCGUGGUUUGGAAGUUGUCCAAGAAAAGGUCAAGGCAAUCAAUGAGUGGCCACGUCCAACUAACAUCAGCCAAGAGAAUUCUUUUAAUAAGAUUAAAGGAUGUCUAACUAAUGCACCAUUGUUGUCUUUACCUGAUUUUAACAAGACAUUCGAGAUAGAGUGUGAUGCUUCAGGUAUCGGCAUUGGCGCUGCUUUGAUGCAAGACGGACGGCCUAUUGCGUACUUUAGUGAAAAGUUCAAUGGAGCUACGCUGAAUUAUCCAACGUAUGAUAAGGAAUUAUAUGCGUUGAUCUGA